AUGGCCAAGACCUCGACCAACUGGGACAGCGUGGAGACAUGGGAGCGUCUCGUCGCCAGUAUCAUGGCCACCGGAGUCAGGAUCGAUCUUAGCAGCACCGCCACGUACUACGGGACGACGUAUCACACCCUCGAAAAUCGACUCAGACGAACCAAGAAAAUUGCCAAGGAGCUCCAAACCGCCGUCGACGGCAACGAUGGUGUCGACAGCGUCAUGUCCUCGCCUGCUGCCGCAAAGACGCCCCGCAAGCCCAAGACGCCCAAGAAAGAUGCUCUGGGUGCGGUGACCAACGGUCGGGUGACGAAGAAGACUCCCACAAAGACCUCCACGAAGAAGACGACGGUGGUGAUCAAGAACGAAGACUCGGACGACGACAUGCAUGCUGCGAAUGGACAUGCUUCGGGUCAGGAUUCGCCAACUCACAUCGGAGAACACGAGAUGUUUCGGGAGGGCACGAAAAUGGAUGAGGACGAGAUUGAGAAUGCCUUCUCCUGA